AUGAAUCAGGACGAAUGGACGACAACAGAUGAGGAUUUCAGUAAUAAUCGCCCAUCACAGCGAUGUUCAACGACACAUCAAAUCAAGCACGUAUCAGAAAUGGGCGGGAAUCGGGAACCACACGACGUGUGUCGCACCACUCCACUUCGCACAGCCCCGGAUCCGAGUGCCAGCACUCGCUUAUCUACGAAAACUGAUAGGACAGCGAUGAACACGACCACCAUAGGUCGGGGUUAUGUGACAACAACUCGCGUAAGCCCCGCAACAAGCAGCGAGCAAUAUCCACUCAGCAACCUUUGA